AUGGGAUCUUCUGGUAAUGUUCCGGUGACUCGACCUCCCACUCCGAUUCCAGUGAAUGGACCACAGCAGUAUCAGACUGAUCAGUAUGAGAAUCCAUAUUAUCUCCAUAAUGCUGAUCACGCAGGACUUGUUCUAGUUUUGGAUUGUCUUGUGACUGCUUCGGAUUUUCCUUCUUGGCGUCGUUCGAUGUGGAUGGCUUUGAAUGUCAGAAACAAACUACGCUUUAUUAAUGGUACUAUCUCUAAAACUUUUGAAGAACAUCAUGAUUUUGGUGUAUGGCUGAGGUGUAAUGAUAUAGUUUUGACUUGGUUGAUGAAUUCUGUGGAUAAGAAGAUAGGACAGAGUUUACUUUUCAUCCCUACUGCAGAAGGAAUUUGGAAGAACAUUUUAUCUAGGUAUAAGCAGGAUGAUGCACCUAGGAUCUUUGCUAUUAAACAGAAAUUGAGAAAGAUUUUCCAAGGUUCAAUGUAUGUCUCGGCUUACUAUACUUGUUUGAUGACAUUGUGGGAAGAGCAUAAAAAUUAUGUUGAGCUUCCGGUUUGUACUUGUGGACGUUGUGAAUGUGAUGCAGCUCUAAAAUGGGAGAAAUUGCAACAAAGAAGUAGAGUUACUAAGUUUCUUAUGGGAUUGAAUGAAGGUUAUGAUCAAGCAAGGCGUCAUAUCUUGAUGUUGAAACCUAUUCCUACGAUUGAGGAAGCUUUUAAUAUGGUCACUCAAGAUGAGAGACAGAAGGUUGUCUUACCUUCUACUUUUAUAGAGAAUGUUGCUUUUCAGGCUGUAGCUUCUAUGACUGAUGAGGAGGCAUCAUAUAUAGCAGCUUAUAAUACUGCUCAUCCCGUACACAAGCCUAUAUGUUCUCACUGUGGAAAAGUAGGACAUACUAUCCAGAAGUGUUAUAAACUUCAUGGAUUUCCACCAGGAUACAAAACUGUAGCUACAUGGUAUAAUGCACGACCUCCUGCUCCAUUUCAACCAAGGAUGCCAACUUCACAGCCACAACCAAGGGCUCCACCGAUGCAGCAGAUGGUCUCUUAUACGUAUCCUAUGUAG